AGGAACGCGACGUGGUGGAUUCAUGAGCAAUUUAUUGAUUGACCUUCCACAUCCACCCUCUGCGUCUAAGUACCUCGACUAGUUUCCUUUUCGUGCGCAUUGUGAUGCUUGUCUCACAAUCACAUUCCUGUUAUCAGUUGCAUGAUAUUGUUCACGGUGAUGUAGCCUCUCGCAUCAAUUAGUCUUCAAAAUGCACUUUCCUGAUGUUGACGUAAAAAGCGUGAAACAACUUUAUGCUGACACAAAUACGAAUUACCACAAUGAUCAUGCUUGAAGCCAUAAAAGCAUCUUUGUCAUAUUUCGAUCACGAUCACGAAAUAGAAUAUGCUCGGGUCGUUGUCGUUGAGUUGAGAUCCACAAGAGCGUCAUCAUCACGAACGCGAACGUAGAGGAGGUGCUUGCAUAUCGCCCACCAGCCUUGCUGCAUGCUCUUGAGCAGCAUGUGCAUGUGGCGAUAUGGGCGUCGGGAAGGCGCGCCGCGAAAUUUCCAGGUUUUGUGCGCGUACUAACGUGACUAUAAAAGGGUCGUGGAAGUAUGGGCUCUGUUCGAUCUUCGAGUUCUGGACGUGCAUCUUGUUCCUGGCGUCCGUCAUCGGUUUCUGUCGAGCAUCGGCGGAUGGCAACGGCGCUAGACUUGAGGAUGUUUCUUUUGCGGGAACCACUGCACCAUCGUCGCCAAUCGCUGAUGUCGCUGAAGAAGAAGGUCGCGACCGGCGGUUGCACUCACCUCGAGGGAAGAAGCAAGGUCUUCAUCAUUCCAUGGGAAAUGAAGAUCAUGGAGGAGCUCAGAGGCGUCACAGAAGAGAACUGCAGCAGGCCGAAGAAGAUUCCGAAACAACUCAUGCUGUGGCACUACAACAUUCAUCGACAAGGACUAGAAGAAGGACGGCCAAGAGGAGGAGCACGACAGGCCUUCUGCAACGGGAAGAAGAAACGACUCGUGCGAGUAGCACGGCCAGGCGGGGACUGCAGCAAGCACUCGUGAUUGAAACAGUGUCGAGCCCGUCUAAAUAUGUAAAUGGCUACCCAGUCCACUUGAGAAUGACGUGGGAGACGACCUUUUCUUUUUCCACGGUGACUCCCACAAAAAUGUGUGUGUCUGGAACGAAAGGGACCUUGGAUCCACGGACAGAGCUCUAUGUGGAUCUACGCACGGCAAACGGAGCGCCCUCUUUUGUUGAAGCAUCAGCCAACUGGUUUGCUCUUCCGCGCAUCCCCUAUGAGAGGGAAAACGUUACUUCGAGCGCUUUUUUGCACUGCGGAAUGCUGGAUGCGGCAGUAGACCUUUACUACGACAGUCAGAAUGUGCGCCAAAUACGAAGUCCGGUACUCACUCUAGGCCCAAGUUUACACACUGCUACUUACUCUUGAGGACAUUGAUUUUGUUACACUUUAAUACGAACUUCUACUUCUCUUGAAGGAUCAUGCAUUAUCAUUAUCUAUUUGAUUUGUAAUCUUCUACAAAUCGAUUUUGUUUUGGGGAAUCGUUGUACUUGUCCUUUAGUAGAAUAUGGUACUGGUGGUUCAUGCUGGUAAAGCGAAUCCGGUUUGCAACAGAGAUGAAAAGAUUAUCAGGACGAGAUAUCGCAGAUAUUAACAAACUACUUAUUAAUUUGAAUACAGGAACUUUCGGUGUACCAGUUUGAGAUGCCUGCGAAUACUAUCACGGCCGCCAGCCCCAGGCUGGUUUUCGACUUGCGGAAGAGCGCGAAUCCUCUAGAAACGAAUAGUGACACGAACCAAAAUCCGACUAUGACGAUCAAUUACAGCAAUUUGCGUGCGGCUAGUGGCAUCCGCAAUGCCUUCUUCUGGGGUAGCAUGGAGGUGCUCCAGUUUGCUAUGACGCCGUAUUUCUACGCCCGCAGCGACGCUACGUUGGAAGUUGCCUUUCGUAUUCGCGGGUUACGACAAAAGAAGCAAUUGCCCGAAAACUCUUGGAUUGGUGUCGAUGCGCCGCAGGGAAUCUCGUUUUCGCCGAGUAGCAGCAUUCAGAUUUUCGCCGCCGGUUCCGUCGCUUCACCCACGGCGGACGUGCUCGCAGAGUCGGCGACGCGCUUACACCCUGUCUUGUUCACAGAUUGCGGGCGUAUAGGCUCUGUGUGCACUGGCAGCUACCUGGGGGCGCAGCUGGGCGCAACGUACGAGUACAACAAUCAGGACUGGGAGACCGCUUUGGCCGCGUUGUUUUCGAGCAAUCCGCGCUUGAACCAAAGCCUGCUUGCUGCGCAGAGCAGCGGGACACUGCCGGCCGAUGAGCGUCCAUAUGUGCUGGGACCGCAGGCGGGAAACCUGGUAGUCGACUACGCGAACGACACAUUACCGAGCCAAGCACACGCUAAUCGCGAUCUGUGGUCCUACGCCGCGAGCUCAGCGCGCUACACGCGCGCGACCUUGGACCAAAGCGCACAGGCACUGGCGUUUUCGUUGGACGACACGGUUCUACUGAAAAUCCGAAUUACAGGUGUGACCACCCCUCAAGCACGAACUACAACAACUGCCGGCGCGGGAAGUAGCGGGACUACGUCGACUACAACAGAUUUUUGGCGCUUCACCUAUGGUCUCAUCCAGAGCGACAGUAUGGAUAAGUUACUCGGCUUAGUGUCUGUACAUCCUCGGGAUCCGAUGAUUGAGGAGAUCCGAAGCGCUAGCAUUGUUGUCAAAGGCUUCACAACAGGUUCUAGCAGUUCAACAGCGAUGUCGUCGGCGCCGUAUUCGUCUUACGUCCAAUUAGUGAUAACGAUCUCUGGAAGCAAUCUAGGGGGAAAAAGGUUUUUCUAUCUCUGGACGGAUCCAGUUCUGCCAACCACGCCAGCGUCUGCUUCGAAAUGGAUCUUCACGAGUACCAAUUGUCGCGGUGACGAAUGGACACUGAGCUGCUACGUGGUGGACCCUACAGAAAGUACACUAAGCAAUGACUUGACAUCAAUGCAGCGGUUCUCUGUCUUCGGCGAGACUAGUUCCACUGCGUCUUCUGAAGUCCGUGUCUCACUCUUUGCGCUCAGCCCGAAACCGACGCAAGCUGGAUUAACACCGAGUACUGCUGCUUGGCGCGUUGCGCUGUCCUCAGACGCCACUGCUUUUGCGAAUCUUCGGAACCACGUAACGAGCGGUGGCAGUACGAGUCUCACUCUGAAAGAUUUGCUGGACUACAACUCAGCAAAUUUGAACUUUGUCUCGCAUCUAUCGCUGGCAACUCCGCAGCCGCCUCCAUUGGAUUUCAUUUCGGAUUUCAGGGUUCGUGCGGUGCCUGCGGUGUCUGGGACCAUCGUGGACGCCCUUUUUUCCUUUCGGCUACGCAAGAUAGACUUGGUCAGCACUGGCGUAGGAAUCGUAUCAACGGAACCGGUCAUUCAGAGUCUGCGUCUCGUAGGUCCAUGCGAGAUUCUCUCUUUCACGAACGGGGUGACGCUAGCACGUGUGACCAGCGGCAUCCAGAAACUCUCGACAUUUAGUAAUAGCGUGACGAUUCCGGUUCAGAUGGUAAAACUGAUUCAGGAUCGCGAAGUCCAGCUCUCUGUGGAACUGCGUGUGGCGGAAGUGCCAAGCGGUUACAACGCCAAUACUAUUGGAGCAGCGCUCGCGAGCAUUGGCCAGCAACCGUUUGACCACGACGUGAACAAGUGGGUGCUCCAGAUUCUAGGCACUGGUGGUAUUGCAACCGAUGGCAGUGGAGCCGGCACAACUGCGACCACGGUGCUAGAUCUCGGUGAGACGCAGCAUUUCUCUGUUGCCGCAGGUACCUUUGACUCGCGAUCGCAGUUUUCCGCUGUUUCCUCGCAGAACAUUGUUUUCCACAUUCACAUGCCUGACACCACUGCUCUGGUGAAUACUUUCUCGUUCACGCUUCGGCUCUCUGGCCUCACUCUCAAAGCCCCAGCUACGGCAGCGGCAAGUGCAAAUCCGCGGUGCAGCCUCUUUCCGGUACCUGGAGCUUCAGCAGCGUUGCCGCAGCAGUCGCCCACGGACGAAACGUUCACGUGCUGGGACAACUUUAGUAAAUUCGAAAUAUCCAACAUCAUGGCGACGCGGCGGUUUCUCACGUUUCAGGUGAAAGCAGAGCUUCCGAGCGCUGAUGAUGGGGUCUUAGAACUUUUUCAGCUUACAACGACUCCCGUCGUCAAUGGGACGGGAACCACGACGCAACGAGUUUUGUUGCAGCAUGCUCCUCUGCGGUUGGGAGUGGGACCCAUCAGUAGCAGAAAAUUUAGUCAGUGCGGUUCUCAAAUAACCAUCGAGAGCUCGGCCAUCGACCCAUUGGAUCCCCCGCCAGCUGCCUCUGCUGCCUUGGCCGCGGUAAGUGACAAUGUCACAACAACCACGACCUUGGCUCCGAACCUUCCAGCAAGAACAGUGUCAGAAGGAGAGCUUCUGCGGACUGAGCCUGUUGCGUUUCCCGCGCAAAACGCGCUUGGAAGCUACUGGAACCAGCUCCACGCCGGGAACAACCGCGUCCGAAUAAAGACGAUUCCGUCCUUGGAUGGCGCCUAUUCGCUUCAAGAUGACACGACGCUUGAGUUUCUCUUGUGGACACAGCUAGAGCCCACUGACAACGUGUGGCUACGCGGUGGACAGCGAGUGUCCAGCGUAUCGACCACGUGCGCCUCGCUUGCCUCGGAAAACGAAGCCCAGCGGGGAGGCCUCGACUUUGGGACGGCGGCUGAGAAAGAGGAGGAGAUCUACCAAACAGUCCUCCUGGCUGUGAUGAUUGCCAUCGCUUUGUUAUUCGCGCUCGUCGUCCUUUACAGUCUGUGCUUCCAUCGGGACGACUGCAUUUCGAGACUGAAGCUGAUCCUGGUUCUGCGCUACAAUUACAACCCUGUGUUGACCAAGAGUUUUUACGACUACUACGGCGAUAACGUCGGUGGCGAUGUGGCGCUAACGUAUCCAAGCUAUUGGAGCAUCGCCGACGAGCGAAAACUAGCCAGGGUGCGUGAGAUCCAAUCCUCGCCUUCGCCGUUCAAAGCGCUCAGCGAUGGUGCCUCCGCUAAUGGGUCGCCGAAUAAGAAAUCGAGCCAAGACUGGCCCAGCAAAGACGACUAUUACAUCCCGCCUAUGCCAGUAGGAAUGGAUGUCUACGACCUUGCACCUUCUGCACAAACAGGAAGCGGCGGAAAUUCAGGCUCAUCUGCGCCACAGCCCAUGUGUUCAAUGUUGGCGUCUCCGUCAUCCAAAGAGCGCAGGUCUUCUUCGACGUCCUUGGCCAUGAUUUCGCCUUCGCCAAAGGCCGAUAUUUCCCCGUCGUCCGCCAAGUCGCAUGUGAGCGGGUACGCGCCUUCGUGUAGAUUCCACAUCUGCGAUGAGCAUGUGGUCGAGGGUGUGCAGAGAAUGCUGGACGAGACGUGGCGCACUACGUGGACGAGAGAUCGGAAGCGACUUGCGGCAAGGAUCGGUGGCACUGCGCGCAUUCCGACAAGGUUAGAAGUGGGCUAUGUCGCACGAGUGGAAAACACAGUGUUAUGGGAACGAUAUGCGAAGUUGAGGUAUCGCUAUCGUGAUAGCUCACCCAUGCUGCACCACUACUCAAGUAUUGACCUAUGAAUGUCGUCCGCGAGUUGGUUGGUCAUAAUAUAUAAUUACAGUUAUUGUUGCUCCUUGAACUUGAUUUCGAGUUCGUCGGUUGAUGCUAGUGAGAAAUUUGAAUACCUGCCAAGUUUGACGAAUAUCCAUGCCUUUCCCAUUUUUGUCAGGUCUUCGCUCUUCCAGUUGUCGCAGGGGAGCGACUUGAAAGUCUCUGCGCACCGACCAGUUCCGCUCUCGACGCGAUCCUGGGACGCCGCCGGCCUGCCGCAGCCAGAGCUUUUUCAGCCGCUCAAUGAGUUUCUUUUUUUUCAUGGUACCAAUCCGUCCGCCGCGGAAUCCAUUGCUAAUGAGGGGUUUCGAAUUUCGUAUGCAGGGCGCCACGGUGGAUCAAUGUACGGCGCUGGGAUCUACGCGAGUGAGAGUUGCACCAAAGCGGAUGAGUAUUCUCGAGAAGAGUGGCUAGAGGACGACAACUACUGUGCGAUGUUAGUUGUACGAGCCUUGGCGGCGCGAGUGUAUUACACCGCGGAUCCGCACCCAGACCCGAAUUACAUCGAGUCUCUGUGCCGCUUCAACCGCUUUGACAGUGUUUUGGGUGACCGCGAGAAAGCAAGGGACACAUUCAAGGAGUGGGUGUUCUUUAAAACUGAGCAAGUCUACCCAGAGUACAUUGUUCGCUACAAACGGCGCUUUGACGUGCGACCGCCUUCCUACGGUGCGAAGUUGCUGCAUGGAGUCAGUUAUCGCUUGGCGCACUUUCCACAAGACGCGGCGCAAUUUGGUCGCAGUAUCGGCAGCGGCGGCCCAUACGCAAACAAAGUGGGGAGUUCCAGCUCGGGACGUGGCUUGAAUAGGCACGGAAGUGGGGGUAGUCGAAGCAGCAGCUACAACCAGGUGGGCGCAGCAUCGGGGUUAGAAGAUUUUGAGACCUCCAGAGACCACGAAAACGCUGUUGACAGCGCUCCAGGGACAGACCCGCGUAAACUCAACAAACGAUCCAGUGACCGGAAAAACGACAAGAGCAGCGUGUUGAAAAGGGCGAAUUACAAAUCCAAGGAAGAAGACACCUCUCAACUACAACGUGGAAGUAGUAACUUCUCCACCGAUUCCUUGCGUGUUGACAGCAGGACAACGACAACUGAUUCGUUCACGAGAGUCUGCGCGAACGGUGGCAGCUCCUCGCAUGAGCUUCACCAGAUCAUCGAAGAGCCGGCUGGUCCGAGUCUCAGUGUACCACGAGGCGGAAACAGCGUCGGAGGUUCACCAGCAGGAACACCAGCAGGGAGUGUCAUAGGAUCCAGCGACAGCCCGCGAAAGAUGCCAAGUAAGAAGCGCGACUCAAGUGGCAGCAAGACGAACAGAAAUGGGGUUGCCUCGGACAACAGCGCUGCCAGUGAAUCGAUCUUGCAAAAAGCGAGGGAGAAUCGGCAACAGCGUCUCGAAAAAGAACACUCUGGCGGGGAUGGGGAGAGUCGACACAAGGACAACAAGUACUCCAAAAGCAAAGAGCAUAGGCACUCAUCCUCUUUUGGCGGUGCAACUAGUUCGCGUCCCAGACCUUCGGGCUUGAGCUUGAAGGGCUUUAACAUCCUGAACGAGUCGCGCAGCACCUCCCGUGUUGAAACACCUCAACGAUCACGGCCUCCACGACUCGCCGAAAUGAGCUCCUCAGACUCCGAUCCCGGACCUGGUGCUGGUGGCAGGCGCUCGUACUGA